AUGAAUGGUUCAGGAGAUCCGACAAUCCGCAUAAUUGUUGCAUUCACUCGUUACGCUUGUCUUCUUGCUGCUGCUAUGUGUACGGAGGUGUUUGUUCUGAAUGCCGUACAACCGUCAGAACUUUUCCCAACACCAGUUCGCAGUGCUGGCAUUGCUUUCAUACAAAUAUUUAAUCGUCUGGGCACAAUUGUUAGCCCGCUCGUCUUCAUACCGGUGAGUAUUACUAGCAAGCAUUGGCCACCAGCACCGUUCUUGUUGAUGCUUCUGACAAGUACAACGGAUUUUCUUCUCUACUUUUUUCUUAUUCCGGAAACCCGAGGAAAAAAGCUUCCGGAUCAUAUGCCUGGAGAAACAGACAGCGCUUCCGAAAAUCGGUCUACAAGCACCACGGUAACCAAAGGUGGUGAUACAAAGGAAACCAACAAGGAAAGCAAACAAGAGACCAAUAAAGAAACCGGCAAAGAAACCAAAGAUGAAAGCAGAAACACAGGAAGCAAAGGAGAAAGUAAUGAAGGGGACAAAAAGAGCAAAGAAGGUGAAAAAAGGGAGAAAUAG